AUCCCUGAGAAUCUUGUUCCAGUUAAGGAGAAAGCUGAGGCAGCACGAGGGGCUAUCACCAAUAUUACUUUUGCUUCCAACAGCACAUCUUCACCUCUGAGUCAAAAGGAAACGAAAGGCCAAGUGAAGGCUGAGAUUUUGAGCAUCCUCACAGACGUGGCAGAUCUCUGCAAUGCAAUCCACUGGCUGCCCCCGGGAUUUCUUUGGGCUGGACGUUUUCCUCCAUGGUUAGUAGGUCUCCUGGGCACGAUAUCUUCCCUGAUUGGUAUCUACCAAGCAUCUAGAGGAGAAAAUUCUGAAGCUGUGUAA